AUUCAUUGAAAAAUCAUUGAUAAUAUUACAACCUUAGUUCCUAACAAUAUUUCAAUAAUAGAACAAAAUGUUUUUCACAAAAAAUUUAUGUUUUUUAAUUUUUGCUUUCUGUAUUGGAUUCAGUAUACAGGAUCCAGUGAAGUUAGAACUUUAUUAUGAAGGUUUAUGCACCUUUUGUCAUCAAUUCAUAGCAGACCAAUUAUAUCCGACAUACGAAGCUCUAGGUUCUGAUGCAGAUGCAACUAUUUUGAUCGAUUUGAUACCAUAUGGAAACGCUGAGUAUGUGAUGAAUGAUGAUGGAUCAGUAGAGUUUGAUUGUCAACAUGGCGAAAGAGAAUGCCUUAUAAACAGAAUACAUGCCUGCGCCAUUAAUCAAAACACCACCCAAGCCAAAAUGAUUGGAUUUAUAUACUGUAGCAUCGACAGUUCGAAAGAAGAUGCUUUGGAAGUUGCUAGAGAAUGUUCCAACGAAAUCGGAUUAUCAUUUGAUGACAUCAAUUCCUGUGUAUAUAGUACUCUAUCUGACAAUCUUUUACUAGCUUACGCUAAAAGACAGGAGAAACUGGAUCCACCAUUGACAUAUGUACCCAACAUUAGAUUCAAUGGUGUUUUUGAUGAGAAUCUUGAAAACAAAGCAAGGCAAGAUUGUCUAGCUACAGUGUGUGGUUUAAUUAAAGAAUCCAAACCGAAAGCUUGUGACAGCGUUAGCGAGAGUUUCCGUGGACGUUUAUCUCAAUAGAAAGUAUCUUCAAAUAAUUGUUAGAUAUUUAAUCGAUUAAAUUGAAAUAAGAAUA